UAAAUAAAUAAAUAAAAAAGGGUCGGCAAUUAUUGAUCAUGAAGAGCCGUGAGUGGGCAGAACCUACCGGAUUAUUCGCGUGAAUUACAUUUAAAAAAAAACAUUUUCAAAAAGUAAAUAAUAAAAAUAAAAAAAAAAAACUUUAAUGGAUUCUGAUUCUCUUCUUGGCCGAUACAAAGGCGCCCCAACUAUUCCCUUCUCCCAAUCUCCAUUGCAUCUCCUCUUUCAUCUCUUCCUCUGAAAGUUGCCAUCUCUCUUCUGGUUUCUUGCAGAGAAAGUUACGGUCUUUGUUACUUGGGGAGGAAGUUAACGGAGGAAGAGAAGAGAUGCACGAUUGGGCGGCACCGUUAAUCGCGUCGGCGCUAUUCGCGUUUCUGUCGCCGGGGUUGCUGUUGCAGAUCCCAGGCAAAGACAGCCCUUUGGGUUUCAUGAACAUGAAGACCACCAUUGCUUCCGUCUUCGUCCACACCGUUUUGUACGGCCUCUUUCUCAUCCUCUUCCUCGUUGUUCUUGAGAUCCAUGUCUACGCCUAGCUCCACAGAUCUCACGCGAAUACAUAUGUGUACGUAAUGUGCUGAAACAGCUGAGUUUUUUUUCUGUCGGAAAGCUUGUUACUUUGCUGUGUGCUUCAUUUGAAUUCAAUCUUAAUUACUCGAAUUAGCUUAGUGAUGAACACGUGUAGUAGUACAUUAAGGGAAGUCCCCUGUUAAUGGUCACGGAGAGGAAUUCAUAGAAGAUGAAAGAGAGAGAGAGAGAGAGAGAGAGAGAGAGAGAGAGAGAGAGCCAA